AUGGCGGCGCACCCAGUUGUGGAGGAGGGGAAGCUGCUUAGUGAGGCCCUGAAUACCGUCAAAAUUCAGGUUCAGCAGAUGAAGCGGCAUUUGGAACUAGACCAACUCAUGGAUGCUUUGAAGAGCGCAAGUACGAUGCUCGCGGAACUGCGGACAUCGUCGCUGUCACCAAAGCAAUACUAUGAGCUAUAUAUGGCGGUAUUUGACGCACUCCGACACCUCUCCAACUACUUGUACGAAGCCCACACGCAGUCCAGACACCAUUUAGCCGACCUUUAUGAAUUGGUUCAAUACGCUGGCAACAUCAUCCCAAGGCUAUAUCUCAUGAUCACCGUUGGCUCCGUGUACAUGUCUAUUCCGGAGGCACCUGUCAAAGAGAUAAUGAAGGAUAUGAUGGAAAUGUCAAGAGGGGUUCUGCAUCCGAUACGCGGGCUCUUCCUUCGACACUAUCUCAGUGGGCAAACGAGAGACCAUUUACCUGUUGGACUUGACUCUGGGCCCUCUGGCAACCUCCAAGAUUCGAUAAGCUUCGUUCUCACCAAUUUCAUUGAGAUGAACAAGCUCUGGGUGCGGCUGCAACAUCAAGGUCACUCACGCGACCGCGAGAAGCGUGAGAUGGAGCGACGCGAACUACGAAUCCUCGUUGGCACCAACCUCGUCCGACUUAGUCAACUUGACGGUGUCGACCUGGACAUGUACCAGAAGACGAUAUUGCCCAGCAUUCUCGAGCAGGUUGUCAAUUGCAAAGAUGUGAUAGCUCAAGAGUACUUGAUGGAGGUCGUCAUUCAGGUCUUUACAGACGAGUUCCAUUUGCAUACCCUUGGCCCCUUCCUAUCAGCGACCGCCCAGCUUCAUCCAAAGGUUAACAUUAAGCAGAUCGUCAUCGCCCUUAUUGAUCGACUUGCCUCGUAUGCGGCACGCGAGGCUGAGAGUGAGGACCCCGAGGAGACAAAACGUCAAGAAGAAGCUGCUGCUCGACGCCUUGCAGAAAAGGUGAAGCUGCAGAAGGAGAGGGCCCGAGAAAAUGCGUAUCGAGCCGCCUCACCCACUUCGGCUGGGCCAGACGCGAACGCCUGGGGCGUACCAACAUCUCCCACAACAACAACUACCUUUUCAGAGUCCGAGAAGUCACCUGUCUUGCCGACCUCUCCUAGCUCAACCAUUGAUGAGAAAUUGGGGAAAGGAAAGGAUAAGGAGGGCUCACCUGUGCGCAAGUUCCGAGGUGUACCUGAGGACGUGCAACUGUUUGAGGUCUUCUGGAAGCAAGUUGUUGAGCUCAUCAAGGCUCGACCCGACCUUUCAAUACAAGAUAUCACUGCUUUGCUUGUCUCUCUGACAAACCUUUCCCUGAGCUGUUAUCCUGACAGACUUGAAUAUGUAGAUCAAGUCCUUGGAUUUGCUGCCGACAAAAUAAAGGAGUUUAGUGAAAGCCCUGAUUUGCACGCGCAACAAACGACCACCAACCUUUCCGCCCUUCUGGUUGCCCCAAUCAACUCUUAUCAAUCAGUGCUCACAUUACUUGCCAUUCCCAAUUACGGCCCCCUACUGACGAAACAACUCUUCUUGACGCGUCGCUCUAUCGCUCAUUCCGUUGUCUCCUCUGUGCUCAAGAACGAGACAAUUGUAGAGUCACCAGAGGACGUUGAUGGGGUUCUUGAACUGUGUCAUGUCCUUAUCAAGGAUCAGUCGGAUUCAGGUGCUGCAUUAGCACCGAACGGUUCACAAACGAACAGGGAGGAGAUGGCGGAAGAGCAAGGGUGGGUGGCGAGAAUGGUGCAUUUGUUCCGUGCUGAGUCACUGGAUGUACAAUUCGAGCUCUUACAAGUUGCGCGUCGACACUUUGACAUGGGAGGAGAAAGGAUGCGCUUUACGUUCCCUGCUCUCAUUACAUCCUCUAUCAAACUAUGUCGCCGGUACAAAAACCGGCAACAUGUGGAGGACGAAUGGGAGACGAAAGUAGCCGCGAUCCUCAAAUUCGUACGGCAGGUUACCGCCAUCCUCGCAACACAGGUCGAGGCGCCAACGAUUGCACUGCGAUUGUUCCUCCUCUCUGCGCAGAUCGCUGACGAGUGUGGGUUCGAGGACCUAUCAUACGAUUUCUAUGUGCAGGCUUUCAGUGUGUACGAGGAGAGCAUAUCAGAAUCGCGCGCUCAAUUACAAGCGAUUACACUUAUCAUUGGCACACUCUCUGGCGCCAAGGUCUUUGGUAUGGACAAUUAUGAUACCCUGAUCACCAAGGCUGCGCUGCAUGGGGCAAGGUUGCUGAAGAAGAGCCAUCAAGCUACGGCGGUGGGCUUGGCGAGUCAUCUUUGGUGGCAAGAGGCGCCUCCACCUGCUGAGGGCGAGGUUGAGUACCCUCAUCAAGACAGCAAGCGCGUUCUCGAGUGCCUUCAGAAGUCCUUGCGCAUCGCCAACUCGGCGAUUGAGGAAAUCGUCACUGUACAGCUCUAUUGUGAUGCUCUCGAUCACUAUCUGUAUUACCUUGACCGGGGAGCCCCAGAUCUUGCUCCCAAGUAUGUGAAUAGCUUGGUUGAGCUAAUCACAUCGAGUAUAGACAACAUCUCAUCGCCAGACGUCCACCCUACCCAACGAGCACCUCCAGGUCUCAUUGAAGGUGUCCAGACACCUGAAAUGAUCACGAGACAUUUUAGGAAUACGCUUGGGUACAUCAACAGGAGGAAAAAUGCUGCGGCUGAUGGCACUGGUGCUGUGGACUCGAGGUGGGACGAUGUGGAUGUUGUUGGCGCCCUUUUGAAGAUGGGCAUUGGACGAUGA